AUGACGACUCCCAUCCCUGGGCCUCCGGGAGUGCCAAUCCUGGGCAAUAUUUUCGAUAUCGACACGAAGGAUACCUGGGGCUCAUUAAGAAAACUUGCGGACAAAUACGGAGAGAUAUUCAAAGUCAAAGCCCUUGGUCACCAAAUCGUUUUUAUCGGAAGCGCAGCACUCCUCGAGGAAAUCUGUGAUGAGGGUCGAUUCCGGAAAUGUGUAACGGGGCCCGUAGUUGAGAUCCGUCAAGCGGUGCAUGACUCCCUUUUUACCGCAUAUCAUCAUGAAAGCAGUUGGGAUGUAGCGCAUCGAAUUAUGGUUCCAAUGGUAACCCCAUCCGCUGCGGAAAGUAUGUUUGCCCAAAUGAUCGAGUGUGCCUCGAAUCUCAUCUCCAAGUGGACCUCUCAACCUGAUCAGCGCAUCGAUGUGACUGGCGACUUGCAGCGUUCGGACCUUCAAUCAGUUCUAGCCUGCUAUUUCAACCAGUCCGCCAACUAUUUCGAAGGACCUGAGCCACCCAUGAUUGCAGCCAUGAACAGCUCUACCCUCGAAGCAAUGAAGCGGCCCAACCGUCCCAAACUUCUAACCAGCCUUUUUUAUCAACGGAAAUACGACAAGGAUAUCAAAACAAUGCGCACCUAUGCAGCGGAAAUCAUUUCUAGCCGCAAAUCUGAGCUAACACCAAACCACGACAUGCUCAAUGCGCUCCUAAACACUCCAGAUCCAGAAACUGGUGAAACUCUGGAGGAACAAAGAGUGAUUGAUGAAAUAAUCACUAUUUUCAUCGGCUCAGCUACAGCUCCCUGCUUAGUCGCGUUUGCGGUAUACUACCUGCUCCAAAACCCAGAAGAUAUCUCAAAAGCCCGGGACGAAAUCGACUCCAUUCUCGGUUCCGAUGGCCAAAUCUCACCAUCCAACUUAUCCAGCUUCUCAUUCUGCGAAGCCAUUCUCCGAGAAUCGCAUCGCCUCUCCGCCGUCGCACCUGCAUUUAAUAUCGAGCCCAUACCCUCCGACCAACCAGGUGACGUUCAGCUGGCAGGUGGCAAGUAUCAGAUUCCAAGGAACCAGCCUAUGAUCGCAGUUCUCGCCGCCGUCAAUCGUGAUCCAGCUGUCUUUGAUGACCCAGAAGCUUUCAAACCGCAGCGAAUGCUCGGAGAGGCAUAUGACAGGCUUCCCUCUGGGGUGAAGAAGGGAUUCGGAAAUGGAAAGAGGCGUUGCUUUGGGGCGGUGCCUGCUUGGCAAUGGUGUCUCAUUACGCUGAUAAGUAUAGUGCGGAAGGUUGAUCUGAAGCUGGCGGAUAAUGGUCACAAAUUGAAGGUCAAUGGAGCUUUCUGUGUACGGCCCCUGGAGUUCUUUGCUUUAGCUGGGCCUAGGGCUGGCUAG